GACCACCGAACAGAUCUGUCCAGGCCCCAAACGAGCCUGCUCACGGGCGAAGGUCUGUUAUGCUGUACAGAAACUCCAACUCUCUCGUCGAGCAAGAAUGGGCCUCGUGCGCAGACUAUUAAUCUGGGCAGCCGUGGAUGGCGUCGUCCUCCAAGCUCAUGGUCCUGCAGAGCACCCGAAGGCACUUCAGAUCGACUACCAGAGCCGGCAGGUCAAGGAGCUUCAGAAAUCGGAUGCAUUAGCAAAGAAACCAGCUCCAUUGGAAGCUCACGGUAUAGUCGGAUUACUCUCGAUUGCUUCGUCUUCUUUCCUUAUCGCAAUCACCCAACGGGAGCAAGUUGCCCAGAUAUUUGGAAAGCCGAUCUAUGUCAUUACGGAUGUUGCCAUUGUUCCCUUGUCUUCCCAAACCGAAGCCUCCCUGGCCAUCACGACCGCCAUAGAAUCCCAGUCGUCCGACUCCUCCACAACUGACACGGAUACCGAUGUGACCGACACGGAGGGGCAAAGUCCUAAUCCGCAGGACCUAGAAGAGCCCGAGACUCCUAUCGAGCACAAGGCCCCUCAGCAAAAGAUAUCAAAUCCCACCAGCAUCGCCAGAGAUGUCAUUGCUAACCGAGGCCAAUAUGGACGAUUUGCAGCCCAAUGGUUUUCCAAGCAGGGCUGGGGCGGAGGCAAGAGCUCGGGCACCACGUCUGACCCUUCAGCGAGAAGCGACACGACCUCGAAGACGGGGACCAGCUCGAGUCCCGAAGCAGAUGCGGCGGUAACAGCAAAUCAACCUGAAGCCAGUACCGACAUUGAAACGCAAGAACAAACCCAUAGCAAAGAUGCCGAGAAGUUACUGAACGACACCUCCAUCACCGAAGCGACUCCCAAGAUUCUCAGGAGGACAAAGAUGAUAUUGACCUCGGGCAGUUAUUUCUUCUCGUACGACUUUGAUUUGACGCGCAGGUUAGCGAUCAUAGAGGGGCACGCAACUGCUCCUUCGCGCGAGACUCUUGACCCUAUGUAUUUUUGGAACCGACGUUUACUGGGCCCGUUCAUGGACGUCAGGCACGAUUCGUUUAUGAUGCCCAUCAUACAAGGCUUUGUAGGGCAAAGGACUUUCACGGUCACAAAAGCAGAAUCAGAGAAUCCACAGUCGGCCUGUGUAGUGGACGCCGAGCAUGACGAGCAGUCGGCAGGGGUACAACACGCCAUAAACCAUGCUAAACAGGGCCUUGCCAACAUCAGCACUGAUAUGCAGUCUUAUCUCCUCACGCUGAUCUCACGACGAUCGGUCAAAAGAUCUGGCCUGAGGUACCUUCGACGUGGCCUUGACGAUGAAGGCAACUGUGCCAAUGCUGUGGAGACUGAACAGAUUCUAUCCGCUCCAGAUUGGUCUCCUGCGCGGCGAAUACGAUCGUUCGUACAGAUACGGGCCUCUAUUCCCCUUUACUUCUCACAGUCGCCCUACUCGUUGAAGCCGACACCGAUGCUCCAUCAAUCACCAUCCAAGAACGAUGGAGCCAUGAAGACGCAUUUUCAGGAUCUCAGGAGACGAUAUGGUAGUGUCCAAGUAGUCUGCUUGGUGGAUAAGCAUGGUCCUGAAAAGAUUAUCGGCGAUGCCUUUGAGAAAAGGGUCCACUCCUUGCAGGACUCUAAUCAACUCGAAGACGUCCAGUACGAAUGGUUCGAUUUCCACGCCGAGUGCCGCGGCAUGAAGUUCGAGAACGUCUCGAGGCUUGUUGACAAGCUCGAAGAUACUAUCAAGAACUACGGCGAGACAGUGAUCUCCAAGAACGGGAUCGAGACAACCCAAUCAGGAAUCAUUCGCACCAAUUGUAUGGAUUGCUUAGACCGCACUAACGUUGCUCAGAGUGCCUUUGGACAGUAUAUGCUGCAGAAAGACCUGGCCAGAGAAGGAUUUGAGAUCGAUUUGCUGCACGACGAGACCACUACCUGGUUCAAUACCCUAUGGGCUGAUAAUGGGGACGCCAUAUCCCGGCAGUAUGCAUCUACAGCAGCACUGAAGGGCGAUUUUACGCGGACCCGUAGGCGGAACUAUCGUGGGGCAUUGAAUGAUUUUAGCCUGACCUUGACUCGAUAUUAUAACAACAUGGUCAAUGACUAUUUCUCCCAGGCAGUCAUUGACUUCCUACUCGGCAACAUGUCGUGGAGAGUGUUUGAAGAUUUUGAGAGCAGUAUGAUGAGCAAAGACCCAGGCAUAUCCAUUGAUCAAGUUCGGCAGACCGCAAUCGAGAGUUGUGCAAAGCAAGUGAUACAGGAGCAAGAUGAAGACCUUAUCCACGGCUGGACAAUGCUGACGCCGGCACACGAGAACACCCUGCGGACCAUGCCGUUCGAAGAGGCGGUGAUUUUGUUGACAGAUGCUGCUCUGUACUGUUGCAGGUUUGACUGGACUACCGAAAAGCUUGCCUCUUUUGAGAAAGUUGACCUGCGAUCUGUCUCGAAGAUCCGGUAUGGGACGUAUAUCACGUCGACUUUCAGUGAAAGACAGAUGAAAGAAGAGCUCAACGCCGGGGUUGUGGUAGUAUAUCAGCCUGGAAAGGGAAGCACCAUUCGAACGAACACGAGAUCCUUACAGAAUUAUGUUGCGCCCCAGACAGACGACUCUGAGAAUCGCAUCGAUGGAGGAACAGGGAUCCUGUCUUGGCUCAGCCCCAGUUCAGCGCCAACGUCGAGAAAGCUGGCCAUGAAGGUAAUCCCAGCAGCAACGACAGACUCGGAUGGAGUUGCUGGACCUCAGGCAGAAGCACCACUGGCGGUAGCUGAGAACAUCGCAAGUGAGAUUCGACGAGCGCUCACGGGGCCAACAGAACUUGGUGAGCAGCAAGGAAAUGACCUUGUAGAGCAGUCAGCCAUCAUCUCGUUGGAGGAAGCGAAGAAACGGACCGGAUAUUUCGAGCAGCUAGGACAUUCCCUUAAGAAGAUGGUCUGGACAUGAGACAACAGACAGAGCAUAACAUUGCAGUUCAGC